AUGAAUCCGCGAUCCACGUCCUUCAGCCGCAACCCGCAUGUGGUUCGCCGCCCGUCCAUCAGCUCCCGCCUGUCCUUUGCCGUGUCCACGGCUGAGCGCGGCGAGGCUGAUGCCGCCGCCGCCGAGGUGCCCAUCGAGGAGGCCAUAGCCGAGAUCAAGCGGUACGAGGACUUUACCACCAUCGACUGGGUGCAGGAUGCCGCGCGAGAGCAGGCCCGUCGCAAGACGCGCAGGAAACGGGCCGCUGGCUUCUACGGCCGCGGCCAGUUGAGCUGGAGAUAUCGCCUCUGGGAGUCGUACGACGCCGCCCAGGGAUGGAUUGUCGUCACCAUCAUCGGCGUCGCCAUCGGCCUCAACGCCGCCUUCCUGAACAUCAUCACCGAGUGGCUGUCCGACAUCAAAAUGGGCCACUGCACCACCGCCUUUUACCUCAACGAGAAAUUUUGCUGCUGGGGCGAGGACAACGGCUGCCCGCAUUGGCAUCGCUGGACAGGCUUUGAGCCUUUCAACUACUUCAUCUACAUAGCCUUUGCUACCUUCUUCGCAUUCGUCUCCGCCGCCCUCGUCAAGUCCUUUGCGCCGUACGCCGCCGGCUCCGGCAUCUCAGAGAUCAAAUGCAUCAUUGCAGGCUUCGUCAUGAAGGGCUUCCUCGGCCUCCGCACCUUGCUCAUCAAGUCCGUCUGUCUGCCCCUGGCCAUCGCCUCGGGCCUGUCCGUCGGCAAGGAAGGGCCGAGCGUCCACUACGCCGUCUGCACCGGCAACGUCGUCUCGCGCCUCUUUGCCAAGUACAGGAGCAACGCCGCCAAAACGCGCGAGAUCUUGAGUGCCUGCGCCGCAGCCGGCGUAGCCGUUGCCUUUGGCAGCCCCAUCGGCGGCGUCCUCUUCUCCCUAGAGGAAAUGUCCAACUACUUCCCGCUCAAGACCAUGUGGCGGAGCUACUUUUGCGCCCUGGUUGCCACUGCAGUCCUUGCCGCCAUGAACCCCUUUAGGACCGGACAGCUCGUCAUGUUCCAGGUCAGGUACGACCGGGACUGGCACUUCUUCGAGGUGCUCUUCUACGUCAUCAUCGGCAUCUUUGGUGGUCUCUAUGGCGCCUUUGUCAUCAAAUGGAACCUGCGCGCGCAGUCCUUUCGAAAAAAAUAUCUCACCAGGUACGCCGUGUUGGAGGCAACAUUGUUGGCGGCGGGCACUGCCAUCAUUGCGUAUCCCAACGCCUUUCUGCGCAUCGACAUGACGGAGAGCAUGGAGAUACUCUUCCUCGAGUGCGAGGGUGCCGAGGACUAUCACGGGCUUUGCGAGCCUGACAAGCAGUGGUGGAACAUCAUGUCGCUCGUCCUCGCGACCGUUCUGAGGCUCCUGCUAGUCAUCAUAUCUUACGGCUGCAAGGUCCCCGCGGGCAUCUUUGUUCCGUCCAUGGCCAUUGGCGCCUCGUUUGGCCGCACAGUCGGCAUCGUCGUCCAGGCCAUCCACGACGCCAAUCCGACCAGCAUCUUCUUUGCGGCCUGCAAGCCAGACGAGCCCUGCAUCACGCCGGGCACGUACGCCUUCCUGGGCGCGGCCGCGGCUCUUAGCGGCAUCAUGCACAUCACCAUGUCCGUCGUCGUCAUCAUGUUUGAGCUCACUGGGGCGUUGACGUACAUCCUGCCCACCAUGAUUGUUGUAGGCGUUACGACCGCCAUCAGCAGCUGGUUCGGCAAGGGGGGCAUCGCAGACCGGAUGAUCUGGUUCAGCGGCUUCCCCUUCUUGGACAACAAGGAAGAGCACAACUUUGGAGUGCCAGUGUCUCAAGUGAUGAGGACGUCGGUUCUGUCAUUGCCCGUAAAUGGCCUGACGCUCGGGGAAGUCGAGCAACUGCUGUCCGACGACAAGUACCAGGGAUUUCCGAUCGUCGAGGACUCCAAUUCCAAGGUCCUCGUGGGAUACAUUGGCCGGACAGAACUGCGCGUCAAGUGUGCAUUCUCGCCCCCCUCGGCGCUGAACCCCAUCGCGCCCAUGACGCCGACGGUGACCAUCAGCACCGACUCGAUGGCGUCAACGUCGCUCGACUUUGGCCGAUACGUCGACGCCACGCCCGUGACGGCUCACCCGCGACUGCCGCUGGAGACGGUCAUGGAACUGUUUCGCAAGAUAGGGCCUCGAGUCAUUCUAAUAGAGUACCACGGCAGGCUGACGGGCCUCGUCACGGUCAAGGACUGCCUCAAGUACCAAUUCAAGGUGGAGGCAGCUGAGAACCCCAAGGACGACCAUCGGAUCCGCGAGGGACAGGAGCAGCUCUGGGCGGUGCUCCGCACGGCGGGCUACUGGGUGUCGGACCAGAUUUCGAGCGUGUCGAGGGGCAGGAUCCGGCUGGGCGGCCACUUUGAGGAGGACGUAUCGCGAAACCGAGGCGGGCCCAUCCUGGAUGGCGACGAGGACGUUGUCGACGAGGGCGUGGAGCUGGAGAGCAGGCGGUAG